AUGGUAGGUACCCAUGGCUCACGUGCUGUACCGUCUUCGCGACUUCGCGAUAUGGAUGAGGAUCCUGAGCACUCCCCCGAGCUCGUGAAGCGCACGCUGGACGAAGUGAAUCAAUUCCUCGGGCCCACUUUCAUUCUUCUGUCCAGCGAUUCCCCGACUUGGUGGCGAGACUUCUGUGCCAGCGCACACCGUAUCACAUUUACCUCCCCAUCUUGGGCGAUCGCGCUCAGCUCGACGCGGUCUGCGCCAACGGCUGCUACCCGCAGCUCUCCUCCCGUCCGUGCCGCCAACGGACACCGCCAAGUCACUGGUGGCGGCGGAGAGAACUCGCAACCCCGCCCUAGUACCAUCCCGCAGAAGUACCGGUCGUUGAUCCCACGCAACGCCGACGGACAAGAACCGUGCCUACGCUUCUUCGGGGGUGGCAUGUGUUACGGGGGACUUGCGGGUCGCGCACGCGGCACGGUGGUACAUUCCGGUGAGAGCCCUGUCGUCUUCCAGGGCGGGCAUUCCACCGACGCGUUCUCCGAGGUUGCUGUCACGCUUGCCGGCGAGAGUCCUCACAAACGAGGUCAUUCCGUCGACGCGGCGCCCCCACACAAUCCGCUGCUGCAACAGCAGACGCCCCCUUCCGGCGAGAACCUGGCGCCGAUAGCGCGGGCCAUUCUGCCGAAGGAGCAAGCGACUCCGUAUCUGGCGCGGGUCGAGCAACCUGGAAGAGCACCUCCGACGGCUGCCGACCUCGCAGCCUUGACUUACAACGGCAAGCAGCGUGAACGGCUAUGGGAAGCGAUCCGGAGGUCGUCAGUGGCAAUCGCGUUCAAGCGCGUAGGUGUGGACCUGCCUUCAGUCUCACUCGUGCACCAUAACCAGCUCCCAGAAGGCGAAUUCCAGCUCAACAAGCCACUCCAAGCCGCCAUGUCCAAGUACAUACGGCGCGCCCGGCCAUCUCUCCAAAAGUUCGUCGAGCUCGUUCGAUGCCAGACUCCAGGCGACUACCGGCCAAACAAAGCCAUCCUUCCCGGACUGUUGCAACGCACCUGUCAAGGGUACCCGAAGCUGGACGCUCUUCUCCGCAUCGCAAACGAGGGCGCCCGAAUCGACCUCAUUCGACCGCUGCCCAAGCAGGAUGGGUUCCCCCGGAACCACCCUUCAGCGGUCGAGCGCAUUAACGUCCUCCGGCGCAACAUCCGGAAAGAGCAAGAUCUAUGGAGAUGCCUAGUUGUUGACGCCGACAUUAUCACUAUCUGGCCAGAGAUCUUCAUUAGUCCCUUCGGAGUCGUCGAUAAGGGCGAGGGGGAUCCGAGCACCACCGGCAGGGUGAUCCACGACCUGUCAUCCCCCGAUGGCGAAUCCGUGAACCAUCUCACUGACCGCUCCACCGUGACUGACGUGACUUUUGAACACUGCUCGAGUAUUGCCCGCGAGAUAUCUAAGUGCACCCGCCAAAAUCCCGGAGCGGAUGUGAAAGUCAUGGCCGGAGAUAUAGCUUCCGCGUACCGCAACGCCUGCACACACAGUGCAUGCGUAUUUGCGUGCGCUGGUCACAUCCCCGAAGACAACGCGAUCAUCAUUGACCUGUCGGCUGCGUUCGGGUGGGCCGGCUCAGCGGGCACUUACAGCGUCUUGGGUGGCGCAGUCGCCUUCAUCCACGGAAGCAGCCCCGACGCCGCGCACCCAAACAGAUACUACAACUACCACUGGGUUGACGACCACGUCAACGUGACGGCCGACAUCGGGUCGUGCUGCGCCGACGUUGAGCGAUCACUUCGCUUUGCAGUGGCAGCUGUCAUGGGACCAUCAGCCGUGAACGAAGACAAGUUCUCCCCAUGA